AUGGCGGAGGUUGUAGAUGUUCGAGACGACAAAGGAAACUUUAUAAAAAUGAAGAAGUAUGAUGGCAGGUACUACGUGACUAAUUUCAUUGGAAAUGUCAAGGAUCACCUUGCUGCAAUAGAUGCUAUGAGUGUAAGAGACGAUGACACAUUCAUACUCACGUACCCAAAGUCAGGAACACAUUGGGUGUAUACCAUAGUCAGCAUGCUUCGUACAAAGGAGAUCAUCUACAGAGGAUCGCCAAUGUUCUUAGACUACUCUGAUGUAGAAACACUUGAUAAACUCCCAUCCCCAAGAGUAUUUGCGACUCACAUGACUUUUGACUUUCUGCCUAAACAAGUUAAAGAAGGGAAAGGAAAGGUUGUUGCAAUAUUUCGGAACCCAAAGGAUGUCUUCACAUCGCUACAAAUCUUCUCAAUGAAAUGGGAUACUGCAUACAUGGAAACUAUAAUCAAAAUAACUUGGGAGAGUCUUUACGAAUUGUUCAUGGAUGGCAGAAUUUUCUACGGUUCCUGGUUUGACUACAUGCAGAGUUGGGAUAAAGUGAGACGAGAACACAAGGGAAACAACAUACAGUAUCUCAUCUACGAGGACAUGAAACAGGAUCUAAUGCUACACGUACGAAAGUUAGAUUCAUUCCUUGGGACUUCCUCUGACACAGAGUUCUUGGAAACGGUGACUGAUAAAUGUACAUUCCGAAAUAUGGCAGAGAAGGCUACAAAAAACUUUACACCAUCGGAACAAUGGAAAAAACACACCAACAAUAAAACACUUCCAAUCUACAGGAAAGGUGAAAUUGGAGAUUGGAAGAACUAUUUUACAGUUGCCCAGAAUGAACAUUUUGACAAAGUCUAUAUGGAAAGAAUGAAAAAUUCGACUUUCACUUUUAGAUUUGAAGGGUAG